UUAUCCCCACAGCUUGAUUGAUGCUUUAAUGAUUGAUUCACAAGCCCUUUCCAUUGCCAUCCAUAAGUCUCUGAACCGGCAAAACACUUUAUCCCUCACCAAAUUCUCUCUCUAAAAAGGCCUCUUUCCCCUCUUUCUUUCCUACCAUUCUCUUCUUACUCUUCUGAGGCACACACUUUGUCUCUACAAAUUCUUUGCCCUCCCCACCAUUCUCACUCUCCAAAAGCACUGUCUCAAGGCUUUGAGCAACAUGGGUUCUCCUGAGACUGGACAUAGAUCACAGAGCCAUGAUGAUCUUGAGCACCACUUCUUUCAGCUCUCUCUCUCUGAUAAAGGAAGCAAGAUAAGCUUCGAUAGCUCGGACGGGGAUGCAGACGCAGAGCUAUCGGACGAUAAGGAAGAAACAGCUGAAGAGAGAGAGAAUAGCUCAGAUCAGGAGCUCAGUCCUUAUGGCUCCAAGCCAAGGAAGGAUAUGAGGCAGAAUUCGGAGCUUUCGGGUGUUGGGUCUCCAUUGAACAGGCUGAGGUUGGAGCCUCUGAGCCAACCGAUCGAUAUUAAGCAUUAUGCUAGUGAGAAUGAGGUUAGAGAGAGAGGGAGGAAGAAGAAGUUCAGGAGAGGUGGGUUGAGGAGAGCUAGAGAGAGCCGGAUUGAGAAGACAUGGGAGAUUAGGAAGUCGAGAGCUCAAAUGGAGGAUGGUUUGGAUGAGACUGAUAACCACUCAGUCGCUAGUGAGUUUCAUGAGCAAAACCCCACCACACCUAGAGAGAGAAAUUCAAUGUGUAUGGAUUUGGAUGAGGUGAAAGCUUGUUGGGACCUUGGGUUCGGGUUACACCAGCUCUCUUUCUCUACCAUUGAGACCAGUAGCAGUGGGUUAGAGAGCAUUGGCAACUCCCCAAUUGCUCAUUGGAGGAUCUCCAGUCCAGGUGAUCAUCCAAGGGAUGUCAAGGCAAGGCUCAAAGUAUGGGCUCAAGCAGUGGCUUCAACAGCCCGCCUUUACAGCUGAGAAUAUUUCUUGGUUGGUUAUGAAUGAUAGAGAGAGAGAGAGAGAGAGAGAGUUCACUUAAGAAUGAGAAACUUAAAAAUAUUAUCUGCCUUAAGGGCGAUUUCCUCUGUUAUAAAAGCUCUUUUUAUUAUUGGCCUGCUUCUUGGAAGUUGGAAGAUCAGAUAACUUUUAUGGCAAAGCUACCUGGUUCAUGGUCAGGUAGGACGUCCCCCUAAAAACUAUUGGAGUUCAAGUUGGUGACUGCAAUCUUCUUCAGAUGGGUAGGUGUAAUCCAUUGAUGGUACUGCUUUCUAAAUCUUCUCUUGUAAAUAGCAGCCUUUACAACUAACUAUACUUCACUUUUCACUUUCAAUUUUCGCUUGUAAGCAACAGAAACUAGGUUUUGGAAACCUAGUGACUGGGCUCUGAUGGAGGGUUCUUACAGUCUCCUCCUCCUCUAUCUCUCUCUCUCUCUCUCUCUAAAUUUCCAUUGAUAUCUGUUGAGACCACUACAUGAUUUUCAGGUAUUGUACAGGAGCCUGUUUGUAUGUUGUGAUUGUUGUUUUUUUGGGAUCAAUGCGAUUGCGAUUUUUGUGUUUCUAUUGAA